UAAGUGAGGUUGUGCUAGCGCUUUUAAGAAAAUGCUUGUUGACGGCAAUAAAAUCAAUAAAAGCGCGAUCACAUCCUCACCGCAUUAGUGUUCGACAUCAGCUGACGCAAUGGUGUGAUGGUAUAAUGCGAAUGGCAUACAGUUUAGCCCGGCUUAAUGGGUCCGCCAAUACAUUUCUUCAAAAGGCACAUACCAAACUUUGUCUGCAAGUUGACAAAAGUGGCAAAAUACCUGUGAGGAACAUCAUCAAAAUUUUCGCACAAAACAAAGAGGAUCGGAAGCGUGUUGAGAAAGCGUUAGAUAUGAGCGGGUUGCCUUCGGGGAAAUUCGAAACGUUAUCCCUGCCGAAGUUCCACUUUGAGGAUUUUUUUAAUUUGUACAAGAAUCUUACCCAACGGAGUGAAGUGGAGAAAAUAUUUGAUGGAAU